GGGCGCGCUCGGGCCCCUUUGCGGAACCGCGCGGGCCUCCGCGCCCGCCGUCGAUCGAUGAUCGACCGAAGAGUGUAGCAGCGACGCAACCGAAGGAACAGAACCAGAAGAGUCUUCGAGGAUCAAUCCAGGGAGCGCCGUUCGCUACAGCAAGCAUAUGGGUUGCGCAGCCGCCGACUCUGCUCCAGCUUGCAGAGAGAGCUGCCGCGCCCAUCUAUCUCACUCUGGGUCUAUCAGUCUACCUUGGCAGAGGCUCGCCGGCUCGUCUUUCGACCCGCCUCCCUGCGCCCGCUCGCGCUUCCCUCCUGGAAGUGUUCACCGCGGCGCCCGUCUGGGCCGGCCGGCCCCCGCCCUAUCUUUCGAACCCGCCCGGCCUGGCGUGGCCCGUCGCUUAGAAAGAUUGCGGCCGGCCAUUGUUCGUUGCUUGGCCUGGUGGGGCCCGGCCGGGCCCCAAAGAAAUUUUCUGGCGUCCGUGCCGCGCCCGCCGCGAAGGGCGGUCGUGUUGGUAUUCAAUCGCCCGGGCCCGUUCAAAGUGCGUGAGCGUGCCGCACGGGGGGACAAGGUGGUGUUCCUUCGUCCGCAGUAAACGGGCGGCCAGCGCGCCAUGGCCCACCGGCGCAGCUGCGGUCACUUGUAAGUACGAUGGUAAGUAGUAGCUUUCGCAU